AGAAACUCAGAAACCAGCUUAGCCGGUUAGAUGGUGGUGUUUGUGUGUCAGGCCCCACCCUUUACAAAGGCUCACCCUAAGGACCUUGCCUAACACUGUGUGAGCGACACUUGACAAAGAGAGAGCAGCUUGAGAGCACCUUCUCAAGGAUAUUUUUGAAAGUAAGGAAGAUUUGUACGGAUACACGGAGACAGCAUGGUGUCUGCUGGGUUUCAGAUGCUGGGUUCCGCUCUCGGCAUCAUCGGCUGGAUCGGCGCCAUUAUAGUGUGUGCCCUACCGAUGUGGAAAGUCACUGCGUUCAUCGGCGUCAGCAUCGUGACGGCACAGACGAGCUGGGAGGGCAUCUGGAUGAACUGUGUCCACCAGAGCACGGGCCAGAUGCAGUGUAAAGUCUACGACUCCAUGCUGGCUCUUCCUCAAGACCUGCAGGCGGCCCGCGCCCUCAUCAUCAUCGCCAUCAUCGUCGGCAUCUUCGGCAUUCUGCUCUCGGUGGCGGGCGGCAAGUGCACCAACUGCGUGGAGGACGAGCGUGCCAAAGCCAAAGUGGGUGUUACUUCCGGCGUGGUCUUCAUUAUUGCUGGCGUCCUGUGUAUGGUGCCGGUGUGCUGGACGGCCCACACAAUCGUCCGCGACUUCUACAACCCGCUGGUCAACCAGUCCCAGAAGCGCGAGCUGGGGGCCGCUCUCUACAUCGGCUGGGGGGCCUCGGCCCUCAUGAUCAUCGGAGGGGCCCUCCUGUGCGCCAACUGCCCCCCGAAAGAAGAGGGCGGCUACUCCGCCAAAUACUCCGCAGCCCGUUCCCAGGCCUCAGCACCCUCCAAUAAGGACUAUGUGUGAUCAGUGUCUGGGAGAGCCAUGGCUUCCCCCCCUCCAGAGGUAGUUUUUUUGGGACAGUCUUGUUGGCCUCCAGUUGAGUUGCAGUCAAACAUUUUGUUAAAAUGGUUUUACAUGGUUUACAAAUGGAGAUGGACAUGUGACCACUCCUGUGGUGAAGAAUACUCAGUUUCACUCACGCAAUACAGGGGA